CGCGCUGAGCGGGAGGCGGACCGAACUAUUCCUUCGGCGCUGAGGGGAGACACACAUUCUCGUGCACGUCUCCCGAGUUCUUUCAUUCAUCGCGUGAUAAUAUUUUUAAUUCGCGUGUUUUUUGUGUUGUUUUUAAAUCUGAGAGAUUUUAGAGUGGUCUCUGAGAGAGUAGAUAUGCAGAAGGGAGUGAAGAUGAAGAUGACAAGUGAUCAGACCACAGAUAAUUUUACUCCAGGGGACAUAGUGUUUGCUAAAAUGAAGGGUUAUCCUUUCUGGCCUGCCAGGAUUGGCGAAGGAAAAGCCCCCAAAAAUAAGAUCCCCAUAUUCUUUUAUGGAACACACUCAACAACGUGCCUCUUGCCCAAAGACAUCGUCCCCUACUGGCCAAACAAAGAGAAGUUCGGCCGGCCAAUCAAACGCGGCGGUUUCGAGGAGGGCAUGUGGGAGAUCGAGAACGACCCGGGUGUGGGCCUCAGAGGUCACAAGAAAGCAGCGCUGCUGAAACGACUGUCUGAGAGUCGACUGAAACUGAAAGACAGGACGAAGAAGAAAGCAGAAAAUAAGAGCGAAGCCAAGAACCAGACCGCGUCCCGUAAGGAGUCAGCGCCGAAGAGCGACUCGAACACAGCGACGCCUCGCAAGAAAGAAACUCCUGUGAAAACCAGCAGAACAAAGUCUGAGUCCGCCGCGGCAGACGAUAAAACCACCGAAACCAGAUCAACACGCUCCAGAGAUUCAGUGACAAACACCGUCACACCAGACGAGAGACGCACGGAUCGAGUCUCGCCUGCGAAGAGAGUCACGACAGAGAAGAGAGUCAGAGAUUCAGUGACAAACACCGUCACAGCAGACGAGAGACGGACAGAGAGAGUCUCACCUGCGAAGAGAGUCAGAGAUUCAGUUACAAACACCAUCACACCAGACGAGAGACUGACAGAGAGAGUCACGCCUGCGAAGAGAGUCUCGCCUGCGAAGAGAGUCACGACAGAGAAGAGAGUCAGAGACUCAGUGACAAACACCGUCACAGCAGACGAGAGAUGCACGGAUAGAGCCACGUCUGUGAAGAGAGUCACGACAGAGAAGAGAGUCACGACAGAGAAGAGAGUCAGAGAUUCAGAGGCAAACACCAUCACAGCAGGCGAGAGAAAAACGGAUAGAGUCACGUCUGCUAAGAGAGUCACGACAGUGAAGACGGUCGGUGAACGGAGGAUUUUACCGUCCAGAAAGGUCAUUUUAUCACGAGGAGCAUCAGCAGCAAAGAAGCUCGCCGCUCGCAGGAAACACAUACUGAACAGAAAGAUAAAGAAACGGAGAGAGGCUCAUAAUCUCAAGCAGCCCUUGAGGAUCACACGCUCCACUGCAGAUCUGACCCAGACCUCGGACCGAAUCACUGCCACGCCGGCGAAGACACCCGCUCUGAAGCGGACACGCUCACAAACUGAAUCUGAUGUGAAGGAAGACGCUCCUGUUCCACUUCCUGUGACGAGUUGCUCCGCCCCCUCCCGCCCAGCAGGUGAACUCAAGAGGAGCGUGUCACAGAGGAGCAGACGCCUGCAGCAGAAGAACUGGAGAAGAGGCGAGGUCAAGAAGAUCGACACACAAGACACGCCUGAACAGACCGAGACGCUGAAUAAACCCCAGCAGACCAAGAGCCCACGUUCUGAUUCGUCUGCUGAAAAGCAGGACGAGGCUAAAGAGGAGAAGCAAAAAAACAGCAGAAACGACAGCAGCAGCAGAGAGGAAGAGUGCAAAGAUCCCUCUCUGUCCGUCACAGACUCGUUGCUCUACCGGCUGCAUGGUGACAUCAGAAUCUCAAUGAUGCUGGAGAAUCCCGAUGUCAGUAAGUGUUUGUUGGCUCUGGAUGAGUUGAGCAAUGUCCCGGUCUCGUCUCGAAACAUUCAGAACCACAGCGAGCUCAUCGACACGCUCAGAAAGAUGCGCUGGUUUCGUGGCAGCGAGGCGAUCAUGUUUAAAGCAUCCAUGCUGUAUCAUCGCUUUAAAAACAUCUACCUCAUCGGAGACGCCGACGAGACUCUGAGUCAGGAGUACAUCGACUCACUGCAGGAGGAGAGAGAGACGGACGCCAGAGCAGCUGUCGGUCUGAAGAGCGUCUGCGAAGAGACCCGAGAUACCAAACCAGCGCCUCAAACCACUGGACAUGUGCCUCACAGGGCGGACAGGAGCUGACGUGAGGAGACCACUGCCAUUUUUAUCCUUCUGUUGUUGUUCUGAAAUCAGGCUUUUUAUCCGCUGUUGGAGAGUUUUAUCCCGUCGCCGUUGCAGUUAUUUAUUCACUGAGCGUUUUUACCGUCCAGUGCGAUUCCUCAUCAAAGUCACAGGUUCUCUACACGAGGUUUUCCUGUCUCAGAUGAAUCCCAGUGCCAUGAUGUCAGUGUUUCUGUUCUUCAAUACUUCAGACGAGAGAAAGACACUAAUAAAGGUCAGAAGCGGCGAUGUUUCUGCUGUCACUCGUCCGGUUCUCUCGUGAACUCUGGUUUAUACCUUUCCUUUCAUCACCGAGCAUUAGAUCACAUCAGCAGUGAACAUGCAGACUUCAGCUCAGAUUUAUCUCAACGUUUUCAGACCGAUGUUUGUUCUCUGUUCUGUUUGUUAGAUGUGACACGAUCAAAAGCAUUAAACCUGAGCAUUAAAAUGUUAACUGGUGUGUGUUUAUACACAGGGCAGCUACAUAUAUACUCAUACAGUUACACUCUUCCUCACACACACUAUUAUCUGAUCUGAAUCCGGUGCUAAUACAACAGAUACUGUCUUUAAUGAAUGCAUUUAGCCGUAACGUGUUCUAGCUCAGACGCCCCUAGAUUUGUAUUAUUGAGCACUUGCAUGUGCUUCCUGUGUGAUAUUACAGUGAAUCUGCAUUAAACUGAUCUUUAGUACUCUCUG